AGAAAUAUUUAGUGUAUUGCAUCCUGUUUGAAUUCAUGUGUUCAGAAGAUCAGCAAAACUUCUCUGGGUGUAGAUGCUUGUGAUAUUUGGGAAAUGAACGUAACGUCAAAAGAGUUCCCCAACAAACAUGAACCUCUCCCAUCUCAAAGACCUGACAACACUGCAUUCACUCAACAGAGACUGCCAGCUUGGCAGCCGCUGCUAUCGGCUAGUCUUGUUCUUCCCUUUUUCUUUCUUGCAGGAUUGUCUUUUAUAGCAAUUGGAAUUGGAUUAUUAUAUACCUCCGAUCGUAUCAAAGAAUGUGAGUAUGACUACACUGGUGCCCAGCCAGGAGAUAAUUGUUAUGAAUGUGCCAGUGGUUUAAGCCCUUGCAAUUGCAAUAUCACCUUUAACAUCACAGAGUUCUUCCAGGGGCCUGUUUUUAUGUAUUAUGAGCUAUCAAAUUUCUACCAGAACCACUUCCGUUAUAUGACCUCUAGAGAUGACAAACAGCUAAGUGGAUUCCUCGACAGUCUAGAGAACCCUUCAAAUUAUUGUGCACCAUAUCAGUGGAAUUCAGAACAUAAGCCAUAUGCUCCAUGUGGUGCUGUUGCUAAUAGCAUGUUUAAUGAUGUUUUUACCUUGUACUACAAUGACAAUGGGGCAUAUAUUGAAGUUCCGUUAGUUGUAAAAGGUAUCUCUUGGUGGACAGAUUACAAUAUUAAAUUUCGGAAUCCAACCAACGGCAACGGAAACAUAAGCGAUGUUUUUAAAGUUACUGUAAAGCCUUUGAACUGGUCAAACCCAGUUUUCAACCUGUCUGACGACCCAUUUAACAAUGGCUUUAUCAACGAGGAUUUCAUUGUUUGGAUGCGUACAGCUGCUUUGCCAACUUUUCGGAAAUUGUAUCGUAGAAUUGAGAGUGGAAAUUUCACAGAAGGACUUCCUGUGGGGCAGUAUUUGCUAAAGAUCAUUUACAAUUUUCCUGUUUUAAGUUUUGAAGGGCGCAAGAAGGUUGUGUUCAGCAGUGUCUCCUGGAUGGGAGGGAAAAACCCAUUUCUUGGCAUUGCUUAUCUUGUGUUUGGGUCAUUGUGUACUUUGUUGGGAUUUAUAAUGCUAAUAGUAUUCAUCAAGUAUCAAGAAAGGGCUGAUGAUGAUAUCUGACAUUAUGGACACAAGAUGGAAAAAAAAAAUGGAAAAAAAACAAACUUUACCUAAUUUACCCUAGUGAGAUGGAAUUAAAAUGUAUCAGGCAAAUGUUAUUUUGUUAAGGUCUGAAUAUGGUGAAAUCCCAGAUUUAUUUAUUUUUUAAUUACGAAAGCUAAGAUAUGUUUGUUUUUUCCUCUAGCCAUAGCACUGUGGUGGCGUUUGUGAAUAUCUUUUUCAUUCUUAUCUUUUAUAUUCUCUUUUCCUACCAAUCUUUAUUACAAUAAAAUUGAGGCAAAGCA